GGUUUUAAAAAAUGUGGGCGUGACUGUGGGAGAGAUGAAAAGAGACGAGAGAAUGAAGAGGCAGUAAACAUCAAAUAAUAAUAUUGGGAUCAGUCAAGGAGACGGAGGACGGAGUGACUGUCGGUGGACUAAUUGCAAGGUGGCCUGCACUGUCCCUCUCACUCUCACGCCAGAUUAUCACGUCAUAUUGCGAAACAUUCAACGCACUCUUCUUGGAGGAUCUCAAAGAUGGCUAUCUACUAUGUUGACAACGCUUACUAUGCCGCUUUGGAAUAUUUGGAAGAUGAUGACGGUGGCGAUCAGCCAGCUAGGGCAGUGAUACCGCCUAACCCUUUGGACCUCAUUGACAAACAGACCUACAUUUGUAGGAAAAGCAGAGCAGUAAACCUUAUUAGUCUGAAGCAAAUGUGCUUGGAAAAUGUUGCUCGAAACAUGGACAGUGUUUGGUGCAAGGACUUUGUUGAAAAUUGGUCUGGGCAAAUGAUGUUAUAUUUUCUUGGACCCUUUGAACAGAUUGCUGGUGGAUGCGUAUUUGAACUGAUGGAAAUACUUCGAAGCAAAAAUUGCCUCCAUUACCGAUAUCUUCCUUCCCUUAUCACUGGACGGUUAGAGACUUUAAACUUGAAAGACACAAAGAACAUGAAUAAAUUAUUGUCGCCUAUCAGAUUUCGAUGUGAGAUCAACUUGAAAAUACUUAAUCUUGAAAAUUGCUCUGGAAUGAAGGAGUCAAACCUGUGCUUGACACUUCAAAAUUUGAAAAGACUUGAGCAUCUCAACCUGAGGAACACAGGGAUAUCGGACAAUAUUUUGGAAUCAAUUGGUUCAUGCACUUUCCCCUUACAACGCUUGCAAGUUAGUGACAAUGAGAAGAUAACCAACCAAGGUGUACAUCAGCUAUGCAACAAGCAUUUUGCAAACCACUUGAAAGCAGUCAGCGUGGAAUUCACUGAUGUGAACAUAGAGGGAAUAUUUCACUUGCUGGAAUCUCUACCAAAGCUAGAAGUUUUGGAGCACAUUUCUACAACUGACGCUGUGCUUAACUGGAAAUUAAAAUACCGAGACAAAGUCUUGAAUUUGAGGCAGUUAAAAUUGGACCUAUCUGCGUACACUAAUGAAGAACUCUAUAUGUUGGUGAUGACCUGCAAACAAUUGACAGACCUUUCAUUCACGAGCAGUGCGGCAGUCACACAAGAUGCCCUGUUACCAUUUCUUGACAUGGCGAAAGUUUCAAAACUAUCGUCAAAUUGCGUGCUUAUACCAGAGAUGUCAUGGUUCAUGCAUCUUGGGCAGUCGAUGACGCACAUUGACAUCGGUUGUGUCAGCCCAUGUGCGACUCAAAUAGAUUUGUCGAUCAUCGGCUCUUCAUGUCCAAAAUUAAUGAGUUUAUCCCUUCGUAACGUGAAUAUGGUCGAGAGUAAGACAGAUUUCACACAAGGUUGCAUGUUUAAAACGUUGCAUAAUGUUCAACUGCAAAAUGUGGCUCUUGCAAACAAUGUUCCUGAAACGCUUAAAUUCAUAUUUUGCCACACUCACAGCAUCCAACGAAUCGAACUGUGUCUGUUCUGCCUUGCUGAAGGCUUCAUGGAAUCUGUGUUCAGCGCCUGCUUCACCAACCCAAAAGUAUUGUUCAAACUGAAAGUGGUCAGUUUUGUCAAGUGCCAGAACUUAAAUGACGUUGCUUUCAAUCACUUUUUGUGUAGUGCGCCGCGCUUGGAAGAGUUGCACUUUCACGAAAAUGCAAAUGUUUAUUUCAUCACCAGGCUGAUUGCUCACAAUAAAAUGAAUGUAAAGGUUGUUUGUGACAAAACACUUGAAGCAGAUGAUCUUUGAUCAUUUUUUAAUAAUUUUAAUAAAACGCACUUAAAAUUAAACAAA